GCUGCUGCUAUAAAUUGCAAAGCGGAGCGCGCUGAGAAACCCUAGCGGCGGAGUUUGCUUCGGGGGGCGGCGUUGCGUUUCCUCUUCUCCUCGCGUUCUCGCUUCGUCGAAGCAGCCAGGAAUCCUGUGAUUCAAGAUGAAGUUCAAUAUCGCAAACCCAACUACCGGCUGCCAGAAGAAGCUCGAGAUCGAUGACGACCAAAAGCUCCGGGCUUUUUACGACAAGAGGAUCUCUCAAGAAGUUAGUGGGGAUGCUCUUGGCGAGGAGUUUAAAGGAUAUGUUUUUAAGAUCAUGGGAGGGUGCGACAAACAAGGUUUUCCUAUGAAGCAAGGAGUCCUUACUACUGGGCGAGUCCGCUUGCUUCUUCACAGAGGUACACCUUGUUUCCGUGGGUACGGCAGGCGUAAUGGAGAGCGCAGAAGGAAAUCAGUUCGUGGCUGCAUUGUUAGCCCUGAUCUCUCAGUCUUAAACUUGGUUAUUGUUAAGAAGGGUGAGAAUGAUCUUCCUGGAUUAACUGAUAUUGAGAAGCCAAGAAUGAGAGGACCAAAGAGAGCUUCCAAAAUUCGCAAGCUAUUUAACUUGUCAAAGGAGGACGAUGUUCGCAAAUAUGUUAACACAUAUCGCAGAACAUUCACAACGAAAACAGGCAAGAAGCGCAGCAAGGCACCCAAGAUUCAGCGACUGGUGACUCCAUUGACAUUACAGAGGAAGCGUUCGAGGAUCUCAGAGAAGAAGAAGAGGAUUGCCAAGGCCAAGUCUGAAGCAGCUGAGUACCAGAAGCUACUUGCCUCCAGGCUCAAGGAGCAGAGGGAGCGCAGGAGCGAGAGCUUGGCCAAGAGAAGGUCCAAGCUGUCUGCUGCCUCAAAGCCAUCUGUUGCAGCAUAGAGACAUGUUUUCCAUGACUGGUCCAAUCUCAUUAUCUAUUUCAUUUUCAGAGAAUGAUCACAUUGCAUAAUUUCUGGAUUUUCUUUAAAGUUUUCCCCUUGCUAUUUUAUACUAUUUGGACAAUUUAGACAUUUGGAAUGAUUUGCUGUAUCGAAUGCAUAAGACCUUGCCUUAAGUGGAACUUUGGAGUUGCAUGUUGGCACUUUUA